CCGAAAUCGGACGCUCAACCGACUGAGCCACCCAGGUGCCCCUAUCUCAGGAAGAUUUUAGAACUUUUCCCAAGCUAAUUUGUUUUCCCUUUACUUGGCAAAGACCUUUGUAACUUGUCUAUAUUCCCUCUUACUGUGAUUGAAGCUUUGCCUCUGUUUUGGGCCUAGGUAGCGGAAAGGAGGUUGAUAUGGAACACCAUGUAUCUGAUGGAUGAGGGUGAUGACCACAUCCAGCCCAAGUUCCCAUUCCUGAUUUGUUCGUAGAUCCAGCAUCCAAACAGGGGAGGAGCAGGGUACUGAGAGAAUAUCCAAUAGAGAAGCAGAAUAUAUUUUCGGAAUGAAUGAGCAGUCCCUGAGCAGCAGAGAGACCAGCUUUCUCAUCAGUGAAGAACCAGCGUCUGCAAAGCGAUUCAAUUUGUUCCUGAAGCGACGUCUUUUGUUUAAAAAAGAUGAACAAAGCAAAGAUUCUAUCUUCUUCCGAGAUGGGAUUAGGCAAAUUGAUUUUGUGCUUUCCUAUGUUGAUGAUUUAAAGAAAGAAGCAGACCCCAAGGCGGAAAGGAGAAAAGAAUUUGAACAAAAUCUCAGAAAAACAGGUCUUGAGUUGGAAAUUGAAGACAAAAGGAACUCUGAAGAUGGAAAGACGUAUUUUGUCAAGAUCCAUGCCCCUUGGGAGGUCCUAGUUACUUAUGCUGAAGUGCUGGGAAUCAAGAUGCCUAUUAAGGAGAGCGAUAUUCCUCUGCCCGAGAAUAUCCCAUUCAGCUGUAUGCUUGAGCCUCUGAAGCUCCCAAAGAAUGUGAAGCACCCUCAUCCUGAAUAUUUCACUGCCCAAUUCACCAGACAUCGGCAGGAACUCUUCCUCAUUGAAGACAAAUCAAGCUUCUUUCCGUCCUCAUCAAGAAACAGAAUUGUUUAUUAUAUUCUCUCACGGUGUCCUUUUGGCGUAGAAGAUGGGAAGAAAAAGUUUGGGAUUGAAAGACUGCUAACUUCUAAUACCUAUUCAUCUGCCUAUCCACUCCAUGAUGGUCAAUAUUGGAAGCCAUCAGAACCUCCUAACCCUGUCAACGAGAGGUACACACUUUGCCAGAAUUGGGCUCGGUUUUCCUAUUUUUACAAGGAGCAGCCUUUAGAUUUGAUUAGGGAUUAUUAUGGAGAAAAGAUUGGCAUGUAUUUUGUCUUUCUUGGAUUUUACACGGAAAUGCUGUCCUUUGCGGCUGUCGUUGGCUUAGCUUGUUUCAUUUACGGCUUGUUAUCAAUGGAUAAUAACUCAAGCAGCACUGAAAUCUGUGACCCUAAGAUUGGAGGGCAGAUUAUCAUGUGCCCGCUCUGUGAUCUAGUGUGUGAUUAUUGGAGACUAAAUACUACGUGUUUGGCUUCAAAGAUCUCGCAUUUGUUUGAUAACGAGUCCACAGUAUUCUUUGCAAUAUUCAUGGGAAUUUGGGUCACAUUGUUUUUGGAGUUUUGGAAACAGCGACAAGCCAGAAUGGAAUAUGAGUGGGACCUGGUGGACUUUGAAGAGGAACAGCAGCAGCUUCAGCUGAGACCUGAAUUUGAAGCUAUGUGUAAACACAGGAAAAUAAAUGCAGUAACUAAGGAGAUGGAACCUUACAUGCCUCUAUAUAGUCGCCUUCCAUGGUAUUUUUUAUCAGGAGCUACGGUGACGUUAUGGAUGGCUCUUGUCAUUGCCUGUAUGGUAGCUGUGAUUGUGUACCGCCUGUCAGUCUUUGCUACAUUUGCUAGCUUUAUGGAAAGCGAAGCAUCCUUUAAGCAUGUCAAAAGUUUCCUCACUCCCCAGAUAACUACAUCACUCAGUGGAUCCUGCUUAAACUUUAUCGUCAUCUUGAUCUUGAAUUUCUUUUAUGAAAAGAUAUCUGCGUGGAUUACAAAAAUGGAAAUUCCUCGAACUUACCAGGAAUAUGAGAGCAGUCUUACCUUGAAAAUGUUCCUGUUUCAGUUUGUAAAUUUUUACUCGUCCUGCUUCUACGUAGCUUUCUUUAAAGGGAAGUUCGUGGGCUAUCCCGGAAAAUACACAUAUUUGUUUAAUGUGUGGAGAAGUGAAGAGUGUGAUCCUGGAGGCUGUCUAAUAGAAUUGACGACCCAGUUGACCAUCAUAAUGACUGGGAAACAGAUCUUUGGAAACAUUAAAGAAGCCAUUUAUCCUAUGGUUCUGAAUUGGUGGAGACGUCGAAAAGCUCGGACCAAUUCCGAAAAGCUAUACAGUCGAUGGGAGCAGGAUCAUGACCUUGAAACUUUUGGAUCUCUUGGGCUGUUCUAUGAGUACUUAGAAACAGUUAUCCAAUUUGGAUUUGUCACAUUAUUUGUGGCCUCUUUUCCUUUGGCUCCUCUUCUUGCUCUCUUGAAUAAUAUUAUAGAGAUCCGAGUAGAUGCCUGGAAACUUACAACUCAGUACAGGAGACCGGUAGCUGCUAAAGCUCAUAGCAUAGGUGUUUGGCAAGACAUUCUUUAUGGAAUGGCUGUCCUUUCUGUUGCAACUAAUGCUUUUAUUGUUGCAUUUACCUCGGACAUCAUUCCCCGUUUAGUUUACUACUAUGCCUACUCAAAGGAUGCCACUGCACCCAUGAAAGGAUAUGUCAAUGACAGCCUGUCAACAUUCCUGAUAGCUGAUUUUCCAAACCACACUGCACCUUGGGAGAAACGAGACUUCACCACUUGCAGGUACAGGGAUUACAGAUAUCCACCUGAUCAUGACCAGAAAUAUUUUCAUAAUAUGCAGUACUGGCACGUCCUUGCUGCCAAGAUGACUUUCAUCAUUGUUAUGGAACACGUUGUGUUUUUAGUUAAAUUUUUGUUGGCCUGGAUGAUUCCUGAUGUUCCAAAAGAUGUUCUGGAGAGAAUCAAGAGAGAAAAGUUAAUGACUAUCAAGAUUCUCCAUGACUUUGAGCUUAACAAAUUAAAAGAGAACUUGAGAGCUAAUUCAAGUGAACUUGCCAAAGAAGUCCUGAUUCAGGAAAACAAAACACAACUGGCUAAAUCAACAGUCUAAUCAACAUAAUGAACAAGCCACUGGUUGCCUGUUAGGCUUCACAAUUUUCUGUGGAUUUUCAGGCCAGAGGCCAGAAGCCACAUGUCAGUUUCACCCUGCCUCCUCCUCCUCCUUCUUCUUUUUUAACUGAGAGUUUUCUGUACCCUUUUACAGAGGCCAACUUUGUGAGGUUGGAAGAAUACCACUUGUCUGCUUCAUUGCCUGAGCCCUCUGCAGAUAUUGUUUUCUGGAGUUCUAGAAAUGAUUGUUAAGAGUGCAUAUCAAAUCAGAAUAGUGGAAAAUCAUGGGAUGUUGCAGUUUAGAAUUAAACACUGGACUUGGGCUAUCCCAUCAUGUUCCAGUGCAUCUGCACAUUUUCAUGGUCUCCUAUUGGGUUGUUUUAUAACUUCUUCCCAUCAAGAAAAAUGUUGGGACAUGGAGAAAAGAAGUGAAGAGGCCUACUGAGCCAUCUAUAUCCUGCCAUCUUCGACCAUGUGAAUGAAACCCCCAAAUUAAACGACUUAAGAAAACUCACUUAUUAAAUGCGUUGAGUAAAUAUCAUGGCAGGGAUUUGUCCUUGAAAUCAUCCUGAAUAAGGUAAACUUCCAUCAGAAUCCCAGAUAGCCCUUCCAGGUCAAUGCAGAAUUGAUUUUUCAAGAGACUGGACAUUUGGGUUUCAACAAAAGUCUAACAUCUCAGUUCUUUAAAGACGACAUUUUGGUAACGGCAAUUUCAAGUGUGGAUUGUUAUCUGGAAAACAGCAUUAAGUUGUUAGGUUGCUUCAGUUCUUCAAGUAAAUGAAAGAUAUUGUAGAGAAGUAAAUGUGUCUUCUUACUAGUUAACAAACACAAGACAAUGAAUAUUGAUUAAUUUGUUGAGCUUAAUCUAAAAAAAAAUCAUUGAAUUUUUAAAAAUCAUUUUUCUUCUACAAUGUGUAUUUUGCAUCAUGAAACCUGUUUGAGCAUUAGCUCUUUGUAUAAGUUAGGUACAAGUUGUUUAUGAAAUUUGAUCUCUCUGUUUAAAGCGAUCUCAAGUCUUUUAAUGGGUUUACACUGUUUCCUAUUGAUGCAUUCAUUGCUCCAUACAGUGCUCAGUGCCUUGUCCCUAUGCCUUUGACACACAAGAAGUGGUUGUGCUGUUCAUCUGAUGUGAUGUAACAUCUCAAAUGUUAGCUUCUUUUAGAGAAAUUGUCAAUUUAACAUUAGUCACGGAGUUUAACACCAAAAGUAGAUCAACCAAAGAAGAAGGGGGUGAUGGAUUUGAUAGCUAAGUGAGAAAAAAUUAAUUGAAUGAUUUCUCUCAUAUGUAGGCCUAUGGCACAUGUACACCUGUUCUUCUUUCUCUUAAAAAUACUUCAUCCAUAUUUUUAACAUUAUGGAGUGAGAGAUACAGUUCAGUUAUAUACUAUUUGCGUCCGUAGCUUCAAAUUACACUUCAGUUCCAAUAAAAUGGUGUUUUUUUUUAAUUGUAUACAAAAGGAGAAACUUUAUCACAAGAUUUUUUUAGGUAGUAUUUCAUUAUUUGAUCCUAAUACAUUUUUGUAGAAUUGCCAAUAUUAAGUAUAUGGCAGGUGGUAUUAACUGGUGUUCAGUAUUAAGCAUUUAGAAAUGAGGAUUAUGAAUUUUAUAAAACCAUGAGACAGUUACCCCAAUAUUGGCAGUAAUGAUUUGGCAUCCACUGGGUAUAUUUUAUAAAAAACAUUUUUGUGUAAUUUAAAAUGAUCUCAUUAUUGAAAAAAGGAUUUCAUAUGAAGAGGAGACCUAUUUUUUGCUUCAGAACACCAGUCAAUGUUACUAUGAAAUAAGCCACAGAUGCAGUAUCUGUGGCUUGUGAAAUCAAACUCUUUGUUACUACAGUGUUGUCCCUUGUGCACAGCUCAUACAUAUUGCUUUCUUCCAGGUGCUAAUAAAAAUAAGGAAGUGUGGAAAUUGGUUUCUUGGAUAUAAGUUUUAGUUUGUAGGGCUUAACAGUAUUUAUAGAUCGAGAGUGUUAAAUAAAGACAAAUCAAACUCGUAAAAUUAUCUGUACACUGCAAUCUUAAAACAAAAUCAACUCAAGUGUCAGGUUUCUAGAAUGUAUGGAGAAACUAGCAAGAGAGGAAAUUAUUUGAAGACAAGUGAAUAGUUCCAAUGAUUGGUAGAAUCAUUGUGUUAUUAAUGGAGGGCUGAAUUUAGAGACUACCAAGUGUAGGUUGAGAUUUAUCAGCAUGGCUGAUGUUUUCAUCAUCCAGUCAAACCCAAACUUUCUUUUUUUCCAGAAAUGUUCCAGGAAACACUUGAGAUUUUAUUUGAAAUAAUUUUAAGUGCAAAAGCCAAAAAAAUUACAUAACUCUUUUCAAAUGUCAUCUCUAAUCCUUGCCUUCAUCAGUUUUUCUUUGCACACAAGAAGCAAAAUCCACCUCAAAACAUUUAUUUUAGAGGAAUCCAUCAAGAAGGGAGUAUCUUAAUUAAAUGGGCUGCUGUCUUAUCUUUGUUGCAUCUCACGAUUUCUCUUGGCUUUAACAUUCUUCUCUCAGCUAAGCCAUUAAGCAGCUUAUCAAGGAGAAGAUGCAAAGAAGAUGAUAAUGAAGAGGAGGGGCAGAGGAAGAAGGAGAUAAAAUAGUGUUCUCUCCUUGUGAAGCUGGGCAUGCUUCCAUGGGGAGAGGCACAGUGAGGCAGCAUGGUGCAGCUGUGGGUAGUGAGAGGAAUGUCUCUCCUAAGCCAUCUCAGUGAGGAUGAGAGAAAAGCCAAAGAAGUUUCAAGCUGAAAACUACUAGGUGUCAAGAGUAAAACUGGGAUUCCAAAGUGCCUGUGUAGCAUCAGCUGCUAUGGGUAGCCCUGGAUCUCUGUUGAUGGGCUCCAGUUGAGGGUGAGGAGUUUGUAUCACUUAUUCAACAGGGGAGUCUGUUUUGAAAGAACCUCUCUAUAAUAGUUGUUUUUAAUUAGCAAUAGUUAUUAUGUUAUCAAAGAAUGUUAAUAGGGAACAGAGCAUUGCCAGAGUACCAUUGACUAGACUUUGAAGUCUGCCACCGUCAUUGACUAUAACUAUUACGUUAUUCUUUUUCUGGACAGAUUUUUACUCUUCUGCUUUAUGUAUGAUAAUUCAGGUAUGUCAGCUAUUCCAGCAUUAUGUAAAAAUUUAUGGGAAUAUUAAAAAGAAUAGCAAAAAUUCACGAGAAGAUUAAAAAGAAUAGCAUAGUUCAAAGUAUAUGAGAUUCCAGCUUCAGCUCCCCCACCCCCAUAUUUGACUAGCAUAUCUUUCCUGUGAGUGAUUCUGUGCCAUGGUGUUAACCAAGCAAAUGAGUACUCCUUUUUCUUUUCUUUUGUCUGUUGUUUUCCCUCCCCCAGGAGGUGGGAAUGGAGGUAUACAGGGAAAGUUGCUCUUAAGUAACCUGUACAUCAAUCUCAAGAGAUUCAAACUCAUGCAGUGAAUAAAUACUUUGACAUGAACUGAAUUUAUUCUUCCAGUAAACAUUGAUAUGAUUCCUCUGAAUUUGAGUACCCUAAGAGAUUUUUAAGUCUUGUUUUUGUUUAGAAACCUUAAGAUGCAUUACAUGUAAAGUGAUUACUUCACAAAAUUCCAUGUUUGUCACAUUUAGAGAUGCAAAUUACUUAAACUAAGAGGCUGUUAUGGUCCAGAAAAUUUGGAGAAGGUGGUACUUUUUUUGUUUUGUCUCUAUUUUUUUUCUCCUUUGGGAGGUGAUAAAGGUGAAAUCUCCCAAGUAAUGUUUUGGUGGGUAUAAGAAUUGAGAAUUUCCUAAGAAUGCCAAAUUCCUAGCCUAAAGCAUUUUCAUACUAACUCUCAAACUUAUCAUUUCAACCCAUGAGGGAAGUAUGUCAGGGCAUGUGAACUCAGGAUUUCCAAAUGUGUAGAACUGUCCUAAUUCUGCAGUGUGCAGAGGUAACUGAAAUCUUAUACCCUAAGAGCCCUAGACUUAUAGUUUCUAUUUAAUUUAAAAAGAGAGAGAGAGUGAGAGAGAUAUAUUUGCUUUUACUAACAUAUUCAAGAAAACAAAAGUGCAUGCUGGCCAGAGAUUGAGAUGAAUACAUCACAUUCUGUAUGUGAAAGACAUAUUCUAGGUUGAAAGAAUAAACAGAUUUUCAGGGUUUAAUCAGGACAGCAAAACUAUGAAUAUUGUAGAAUAAAGGGUUUGUUAUAGAAAAUAGGCCUUUGAAACUGGAAGAAACUGGGAAGUCAUGGUCUGGAAGGGCUGAAGGGUCAGAGAAAGGCACUAUUCACCUCUCCUGAAACACUGCCAUAGGUGGAAAACUGGAGCACAUAUGGAUAUUCAAGGGCGGAAAUGAGACUAGGCAGGAAGACUCAUGAAGAAGUCUGUAGAAGGCCAUUGCUUCUGUAUAGCUACUUACUUCUGUGAGUUUGCAACCAAGUUUCACCGCUGGUCAGGAAGAUCUGGAAAUGAAGUGGAACAGAGUGAGGACAAGCCCAACUGGAGCCCCGUCUGUGUGUCCUUCAUAUAUCUGGCUGCAAAGACCUCCACAGAGAAUUAGCUGCUGCUUCACUUAUGUUUGCCUCUUUUGCAAAUAGAACCUGACACCCUGUAAGGAAAAAAGAAAAUUUCUGGGAAAUACAGCUCCAGCCUAACCAAAACUACCAUAUAAACAAAAUUUUACAAAAUUAAUGAAACUAUUGAUCAUUUGAACAAUGUGAUUAAAGAAUAGAGUCAAUUUGCCUUCAUAAAAUGUUGUAUUCAAUAACUAAGAAUAGGAGUCUUUUUUCAGGAACAUUCUAAACUCUUACAAAAUCUGACCAAAUACAAGGACAUUAAAAUAAGAAAUUUUCAAAUAACUAUGGAUCCAAAAAUUUAUCAAAGUUGAUUUUAGAAGAUAAUUCUAAUUACAUGGAACCAAAAGUACUGUGCAGCUCACAUUUUGUGAGUACACUAAAUACUUCUUGUGGGUUCUUUUUUUUUUUUUUUUAAGUUUAUUUAUUUAUUUUGAGAGAGAGUGAAAAAGCAUGCACAAGCAGGGGAGGGGCAGCGAGAAGGAGAGAAUCCCAAGCAGGCUUCCAGCCAUCAGCACAGAGCCUGAUGCAGGGCUUGAACUGAUGAACUGUGAGAUCAUGACUUGAGUCAAGAUCAAGAGUUGGACACUUAACCCACUGAGCCACCCAGGUGCCCCAAUUCUUUUUUUUUUUUUUUUUAAGUUUAGUUCUGAGAGGGAGAGAGAGCACCAGGGGAGUGGGGGAGGGGCAGAGAGGUGGAGAGAAAGAGAAUCCGAAGCAGGCUCAGCACAGUCAGCACAGAACCCAAAGCAGGCCUCCAAUCCAGGAAUCAUGAGCUUAAUGCAUUGAGCCACCCAGGCUCCCGUUUUGUCGGUUGCUUUUAGGGGAAAUGUAUAGUCUUCAUUUGGCUAUUCAAAAAGAACAAAAGAAUAUAAGCUAAACAUCCAAAGAAGUUAGACAAUGGCAAUAUAAACAAAAAAGAAAGGAAAAGGUAUUUAAGUGGAGAAAUUAAUGAAAAACUUAACAGAAAACAUUUAUUAAUGGGAACAUGUUAGACUCACCCCUUUUAUAUUCAGCAACAAGAAAUUACACUUCCAGUAAUAAUAGCCUGGGUUUUGUGAAAGUCAUUGAAACUCUGAGAACAACCAGAAAAAUUGGGUAAAAUGUUUAAAAAAUUGAAAAUAUCAGAAAAUUACAAAGCAAAGGGGGACUUGCAGCCUUCUAGAAUCAGUAUUUAGGAGACGUAAGCCUGCUUUUGUGGUGAUUUUUCUCCUUGAGGAAAUUUUAAAAAUAUCUGGAAAUUAAACAACAUAGUUCUCAAUGCCAUAUGGAUUAGGGGAAAAAAACUCAAUGGAUAUUAGAUAACAUUUUUAAAUGAAAAUAUUGACAUUUCAUGAUUUGUGGGAGGCAGCUAAACCACUGCUUUAAGAAAAAAUAUAUGGAUUGUAAUGCAUACAUUAGACAAAAUUAUAAAAAUCAAUUAAACUUCUAUCUCAAAUAUAUAGGAAGAAAAUAAGCAACAUAAACCCAAAGAAUGGAGGAAAGAGAAAAUAACAAAAGUUAAAUAGAAAGCAACCAUACAAUAGAGAAAACUAACAAAGACAAAAGUCUGUUCUUUGAAAAAGCUAACAAAAUUGAUAACUACCUUGCAAGAAAUGAUAAAGAAAAAAAAGAAAUCACAAAUUACCAAACUCAGGAGAGUAUCUUCAUGACUUGGGCUAGGCAAAACAAUAACCAUUAAAGAAAUGAUAGAUACAUUAACUUCUUCAAAAUUAGGAAAUUCUAUUCAAUAAAAGACAACAUUAAGAGUGUGAAAACAUAUGCCACAGAUAAAGAGAAAGUAGUUCCAAAAUGACUCAUACCCAGAAUAUAUAAAUAAGUUCUGUAAAUGAAAUUAAAACACAGCCCUAUUUUAAAAGGGCAAAGCACUGUAAACAGACAUUUUACAAAAGAAGUCCAAAUUACCAAUGAACUAUAGAAAGGUGAACAGCAUUGUUGGUCAUAAGAGAAAUUCCAGAAACGCUAGUAUACCCAUACCUGAUGGCAAAUAUGAAAUGACUGAUAAUACAAGUGUUAGAAAGGAGAGGAGCAAGUGGAAUUCUCAUCUAUUGCUGAUGGGACUGAAAAUUAUCACCAACAGUUUGAAAAUUGUUCAGCGUGAGCGAUUAAAUCUUAUAAGCAUUAUGCUAUGACUUACCCUAUGACUGAACAAUUUUUAAAUACUUCUGUCCAUCAAAAGACAUGUAAAGAAUGCCAACAGCAGCCUUAUUCAUUGUAUUCCAAACUAGCUGUAAUCUGAAAAUCUACAAUGCAAUGGAGAAUUAAGCUAUGCUAUAUUAAUUAAGUAGAAUACUAACAACAAUGAAAUAAUGCAGUAUCAUCGAUUAGAUUUCACAGAGCUUAAAAGAAGCUUAACCGAAAGGAGCACACUUGCAUGUCUAAUGGACAUGUUUUUGAUGUAUAUAAAGUUUAAAAACAUGGUAAAAUGAACCUGUGAUAGAAAGUUCAGAAUAAUGGUCACUUUUGGGGGGAGGUGUCAUUUGGGAAGAUGCAUGAAGAAACUUCCGGUGCUACUGAAAAUGUGUUCUAUUUUCAUUCCAGUUGUGGUUACACAGGUACGUACAGAGUACACCUGUGGUUGUAAUUGUGGUUGCGGUUGUGGUUACACAGGUGUAUACAUAACUGUGAAUUCAUUAAGCUGCAUAUACUUGUUCACUGUAUUCUAUCAAUAUUAUACAUCAAUAAAAAAAAUUGAAAUUGUAA